AAAAAGGACCGAAAACGGCAAAUUUUGAGGGCCGAAAACGCGGCCCCGAGGGUGGAAUUUGAGGAUGAAAAUUCCCGUUUUGAGACUGAAAAUGUCGGCUUUGGGGCCAAAAUCCCAACUCGAGGCUGAAAAUGCAAUUUUUAGAGAGGAAACAGCAGCUCGGAGGCUGAAACCGCAGUUUUGACCCCAAAAAUGCCGAUUGGAGGCUGAAAACGCGGCUUUGAGGUAAAAAAUGGAAACUUUGAGGUCCAAACCCUGGAACUUGAGGCUGAAAAGCUCCGUUUUGAUACCAAAAGCGUGGAAUUUGGGGCCAGAGGUACUGAAUUUGAGGCUGAAAACGUGAACGUUGCAACUGAAAAUGCCGAUUUUGAGGCCAAAAUCCCAACUCAAGACUGAAAACGUUAAAUUCGGGGCUGAAAAUGGAAUAUUGAGAUUGGAAACGUCAAAAUCCCAAAUUUGGGGCUGAAAAUCCCGAAUUUGGGGCCAGCGGUGCUGCAUUGGAGGCUGAGAAUCCACGUGGGGACCAAAAAUGCCAACUUUGAGCCCAAAAUCCUGAAUUUGAGGCUGAAAAUCCCGACUUGAAGCCCGCAGUCCAGGCCCCCGGGCGCCCCCCAUGGAGUUCGUGGCGCUGGGGGGGCCGGAGGGGGCCCCCCCCCAGUUCCCCGACGAGGCCGGCGCCUUCCUGGGGCUGGGGGGGGGCGACGGGACGGAGGCGGGGGGGCUGCUGGCCCCCUACACCCCCCCAGGCCGCCUCUCCCUGGUGCCCUGGGCAGACGGGGGGUCCCUGGGGGCCCCCCCCUGGGUGUCGCCCCCCCCCGCCGAGCCCCCCCGCUUCCUGGAGCUGCUGCAGCCCCCCCGGGGCAGCCCCCCCCCCCCGGGGCCCCUCCUGCCCCCCAGCGCCAUCGCCACCCCCCCGCCCUGCGAGGCACGCGAGUGCGUCAACUGCGGGGCGACGGCGACGCCGCUGUGGCGGCGGGACGGCACGGGGCACUACCUGUGCAACGCCUGCGGGCUGUACCACCGCCUCAACGGGCACAACCGGCCCCUCAUCCGCCCCAAGAAGCGCCUCCUGGUGAGCAAGCGGGCGGGCACGGUGUGCAGCAACUGCCAGACCAGCACCACCACCCUGUGGCGGCGCAGCCCCCGCGGGGACCCCGUCUGCAACGCCUGCGGCCUCUACUACAAACUGCACCGCGUGAACCGCCCGCUGACCAUGCGCAAGGACGGCAUCCAGACCCGCAACCGCAAGGUCUCGGCCAAGGGCAAGAAGCGCCGGGGGGGCUCCGGGGGGGCCACGGCAGCCAUGGGGGGGGGCACGGACCCCGGCAUGGCCCCCCCGGCCCCCCCCGAAGACCCGGCCGCCCUCUACGCCCUCAGCCCCGUCGUGCUCUCGGGGCAUUUCCUUCCCUUCGCCCCCCCCAGCCCGUUUCUGGGGGGGCCCUCGGCAGCCUACGGGGCCCCCCCCAGCGCACCCGGGCCCCCCCCCGGGCUGAGCCCCCAGCUUUGAGGGGGGGGGGGAGCCCCCAAAUACAGUUUUAUACGGCAAACGGA